AAAUUUACCUAAAUCGCCGCAAUUUCUCCUAUAGAUAAUCGCAGCAAUUUGAAUUAUAAAUUCGCGCAAUAAAUAAUUAAUCAGCAACUGAGACUAAGAACAGAUUGUCUUCGUGCGUUCAGUCUUACAAUAACUUGCAUACCCUCCUAUUCUCAUUAGAAUCAAUACGAUGGAAAAUACUCCCUUCACAUACAGUCUUAUCAUACUGACUCUGCUAGGCCUUUGGCGACCCAUCAAUUGGCGAGGCUGCAAGUCUUUACUUUACAAUACUUACACCUGCUUUAUCAUCUUCAACAAUAUUUUCUUCAUAACAACUGAGUUUAUAGACAUAGUUUUAUCCAGCAAGACAGUCGACGAUUUCACUCAAGGUCUCGCCAAAAUGUUGGGAGUCGUCGCUGCAACUGGAAAAAUAUUUGGAGUUAUUAUAAACCGUAAUUUAAUUCUGGAAGCUAUUGAUGUUUUAAAUUUGAAACCUUUUAAAGUCAGCGACGAUCAUGAAGAAGAUAUUCUAAAGAAAUACGUAAGACUUUCAAAUUUAGUAACAUAUUUUUAUGUUGCUUUUUACACAGUUGGAGCUGCGGUUAUUCUGGAAACCUCAAUAUCGAUUAUAGAAAUUCCUGGAGUUCUGCCUUACAGGGCAUGGUUCCCUUACGAUUAUACAAAGAAAAAUAUCUUUCUUACUACUGCUGUCCAUCAAUUGUAUACAUUUUUUAUUGAUACGUGGAUUCAUGUUGCCUUUGACACCCUUUACGUAGGAUCGAUGCUGUGCAUCUCCAGUCAUGUAAGUGUUCUGGAGUAUCGCCUUGGAAAAACUGUCUUCGAUAUGAACAAAAUUAAUGAUUUGGUGGUGAACACUGAUGUCGUUAAUAAUGCAUGUAAUAUUCUCAUCGCUCAAUGGAUUAAUCAUCAUAACGAAGUUUUGAGAUACUCCAGAGAAGUCCAUGAAAUAUUUUCAGGAGCAAUAUUUCUAAAUUAUUGUUUAAGUUCAACUCAAAUUUGUAUAACUGCCUGCAACUUAGCGAAUCUUUCCGCAAGUUCGAACGAAUUUAAGAGUGAAAUGAUGUUUUUUAUUGCAUUGGUAAUGCAAAUAUUUAUGAUUACUAUGGCAGCUCAUCAAGUUAUCCUCAAAUUUGAAGAUCUAAAUUUCUCAGCGUACAGUACCGAUUGGACAAACUUAAACGCAAGAACAAAAAAAUCACUUGUCUUCAUUAUUUUACAAACAUUGAAGCCUGUUGUAUUUUCACUGGGAUAUUUUGUUAAUUUAUCGCUCGAGACAUUUGAACAAGUGAUUAAAUUGUCGUACUCCAUUUAUAAUCUUCUCCAAUAAGCGUCCUAGAUUGAGAAAAUAAAUAAUUGCUAAUUAAAACGAUAGUCACUGCUUGAUGUAGUGUAAAAAUUAUAUUAGAUGUUAAAAUUAUAAAAAGAGUAUUAUUUUUAUGUAUUGUAAGUUUGUA